AUGUUCGGCCUCAAGACCACUUCAGUUGCCCUGCUUGCCUUUUUCAGCACCGUCUCCUUGGCUGUGCCGACAUCCAGCGACGCCGGUAUGAUUUCGGCCCGCCAAAUCGACACCAGCGACUGGGUUCCCUUCGAGUUCGAGGGCAAGACACUCAAAGUCAACCCUGCUGCUCUCAAUAUUACCAAAUCGCCUGGUGAAGUUUCCGUUAAGGUCAUCACGAACGACUGCUGCGGUGGUAGCAGCUUUGUCGGCACUGGAGCCCCGUACCCCAACGUUGGCGACUGUGCGGUCAUUCGGGAUUGGGCCUACACACUCAACCAGUACUGGUCUAUCUGGACAAACACCCCAGACUACCACGGUGUCGUGGUGUACGGCACUUGCGUCUUUGGAGCUGGCACCAGAAAUACUUAUGACACUUACAUUGGAUCAUCCGAUAUUGGUGACCUCGUCCGGGAUGCCAUCAACGGCCACUCUAGCAACGGCGUCGUCAAUUGUGCCGGCGACAUGGGAUGUGAGAACCAGUGCACACAAUCUGGCUGCCCGUUUUCCGGACGCUCGGCUGUAUUCUGGAAGAUGCAGCACAACUGA